AUGUCCUCGGACUUUGUGUGUGAGGACCAUCACUAUACCACGGAGAUAAUCUCUACGGAUCCCCUGCUGAUAUACAUCAAUAACUUCAUUUCCGCACGCGAAGCAGAAGCGAUCAUCGCCGUUGGACUCCCAAACCUAACCCCCUCCCUGCUCCACCACUCCACCUCCCUCCACUCAACGCCCGACCGCGCCCGCACCUCUCUCUCCGGCGCCCUGCCCCCCUCCACACCCGCCGUAUCGUGCAUCCUAGGGCGCGCACGCUCGUUCCUCGGUCCCGCUCUUCUCGCACCCACAGAGGAUUUCGGCACCCCACAGAUAGUGCGGUACGCGCCAGGUGGGAAAUUCGAUCUGCAUUAUGAUUGGUAUCCUGCGCCGCAGCCUUUGCCUGGCGGGAGGAGGGGGGUGGCCUUUAAUCGGGUAGCGAGUUUUUUUGUGUAUUUGGAUGGGCUUGAGCUUGAGUCUGAGUCUGAGACUGAGACUGAGGUGGGUUUGAAGAAGGGGGGUGGUGAUGUGGGAGGCGAGACGUGGUUCCCGUAUAUUGAGUCCGGAAGAGGGAGAGAAGGGAAAGGGAAGUGGAGGAAUCAUGAAGAUGGAGGAACGGCGUUUGUGCCACGGAGGGGCAGUGUGGUGUUUUGGGUUAAUCUGCAUGCGAAUGGAACGGGGGAUGAGAGGGUGCAGCAUGCGGGGUUGCCGCUGAGAGGCGGGGUGAAGACGGCGAUGAAUAUUUGGCCGAGGAGGGUUUAUGGGUAG